CUACCGCUUUAGCUCAACAUUGAUGAAAUGGAUAUCCUUGUAUCACUGAUUAGUAUGUUUCAUCCACGUAGAGACAAGUGAUGGUUAAUAUUGAUUGUCUUGUGUUCUUCUCCAUCAGAUCUAUCCAUAGCACCAUGAACAGUGACCCACCCCCUCCCUACCCUGGGGGUCCCACAGCCCCACUAUUAGAGGACAAGCAUGGCUCCCCCAGCAUGGAAGAUAACAGACAAGCUCCAGCGCCCUAUCCACCCAGCCUGCCCUUCGCCCCCCCAGAAUCUGGACCUCCUCCAUAUGAGGCUAACCCGGGAUACAUUCCCCCAAACCCUGGUUAUUACCCUCCUCCUGGACCCUAUGGACCUAUGGGCUACUACCCACCUACAGCUGGACCGUAUCCACCCCAGUUCCCAUCCCCCAGUGCCCACGCCGCCACCACUGUCCUCGUGCCACCCGGAGCUGGCCCUACUUCUGCCACUACCACCACGGUGACCGUACUGCAAGGCGAGAUGUUCCAGGGUUCUCCAGUACAGACAGUGUGCCCGCACUGCCAGCAGCCAAUCACCACUAACAUCAACCACGAGAUCGGGCUCAUGAAUCUCCUGCUCUGCUGCUUCUGCUGCUUUGUGGGAUGUGACCUGGGCUGCUGUCUCAUUCCUUGUAUGAUCAACGAUCUGAAAGAUGUAACCCACACCUGUCCUAACUGCAAGGCCUACAUCUACACCUACAGAAGAAUGGGCUAAAAGACAUUUCAUAAGUUCCUCUCCAUCCCUAAAGCAUUCAUCUCCAAGCUACAGUCUCAUCUUCUCCUCCACCUGCCCAUCCCCACUCAGAUGCUGUGAAUCGAGACUCCUGAUACGUCUAGGUCCAAACAUGACAUGGUCUGCUUAUAAAAUGAAGGAAAGAAGUCAUUUCAGACUGACGACCAUAGUCCAAGUGUCUUCUGGUGGUGCCCCCUCCCCUCCCAAGACAACUGGAAGAUAUUGCUGAUGACUUUUAUGCUGCUUUUAGGAUCACUUAGGACUAGAAAGUCAAUGUGUCAAAACAGAGUCUAGUUCAGAUGGGCAACUAUUGGGUUAUGACAUAACUGAAACACUGUCGUGGCUUUGUUGUUCCAAGUGUGCCGACACUGGUGGCCUCAUAGGAAGGGAAGCUGACUUGCAAGAUUGUCCAUACCAUUUCCAGAUUUCCAUACGUCAAGUCUGCGCUCCCAAUCUGCUCAAUCUUCAGCCCCAUCUUGGCUACCUCAGAGAUAAGUGGCAUUAGGUUUUCGUGAAAGGCCAAGGUUGGUUUUCACAAAGAAGGGUAGACCAAUCUGUCCCACCAGGAAAUCGGCUGCUUUUAAAAUAGGACUUACUACUAAUCUGCAUUUUUACACUUUUCCUGGUUUUUGGUAGCAUAUAAAAGCUCCAGGGGGGUUUGCCUUUUGAUGUGAUGACGCUUCAAUCGUGGCUGAAAGGAUUUACUGGAACUGGUCUACACAGACGCACACGUUUUGAAUUCUCCAAGCUUUCACAUUCAUCAUAUACCGUAAAAAAUUGGCCAAACCAAAAUAAUCAUCCACCUGCUUCUUGUACCUCUCAGGGCCUCCGAUGGUGAUAUCUCUGCACCUAGGUUCCCAACUCCUCCCACCUUCCAUAACAGUUGUCUCGCUCUGAUUUUAGGUUGUGUAGCAUGCCACAGGAUGAGUGAACUAUUCCUGUUUUGGCCUAAUAGAUGUGCCAGUCCUCCAGCACCCAUCCCUCCGUGACAAGUUGGCUUUGGGGGGGGACUGAUCUUUUAAGAUUUUUCAUACCACUUGCGGUUGGCUCCCCUACUAUAUGAUUUUAAAAUGUUGUCUUGUCGGUAAUUAUUAUUAAGUGGGUUGCAGCAGAUGACCCAGAAAUAUAUGCAUUUGACAUUAUAAUCAGUAGGACCGCGACUAUGGAACGCUCUACCUACAGACAUUCGAAUGGAAGUGAACCAUCGGGCCUUCAGGAAAAAAAUUAAGACACAUGUAUUCUGAAGCGUGGCUGGACGACGACAUUGGAUACAGCGCCUUCAGGCGAUUUAGUUCGCAUUUGUAGCGCUAUACAAGUUACUCACUCACACUCAGUAAUCAUCUCAUUCAUCCUCACAAUGCAGUUAGAUGACCUCCCUUAUCCGUGCAUUGCACUAUAAGACUGCCCUCAGCCGCUGUCUUUCUCCAUCCUCCACCCAAGCUUGGAUUUUGGAUGGUUUCAUCUAACUGUAUCUCAUCUUCACUUGGAUCCCGACAAAGUGACCCUGUCAUUUACACCCUGUAGAGGCGGCUGUUUUUUUUACAGACUAGUGCUGGUCCAGAUUAUCGGUCCACUGGAAGCCCAUGACAUUUCUGGACUGUCACCAACUUCGCUGGCAUCAAUAAUCUUUAAACUGGUAUAGCUGAGCAGCUCUCACAAUGGAUGCUCUUGCUCUAAAUUUCACAGAGCUCAUGGAAAGGCUCUGCGAACCGUCAUCUCAGUCAUCCUCAUGGUGCAUUUAGAUCACGUCCCAUAUCCGCGCAUUGCACUAGAAGCCUGCCCUCAGCCGCUGUCUUGCUUCAUCCUCCACCCAAGCUCAGAUUUUGGAAUGUUUUUCAUCUUUUGGUAUCUAAUCGGAGGGAGGAAUUCAGCUUCACUUGGAUCUGAAUAAAGUGACCCUGUCAUGCACACCCUGUAGAGGUGGCUGUUUUUCCAGACUAGUGCUGGUCCAGAUUAUCGGUCUACUGGAAGCCAUGACACCAACUUCACUGGCAUCAAUGAUCUUUGCAAUGGUAUAGCUUGGCCCUCACAAUGGAUGCUUUGGCUCUAAACAUCACAAGGCUCACAGAAAGGCAAGGCCACUCAGAACUGAUAUUUCAGCUGUAGGUAGAUGCUGGUGGGCUGAAUCUCUCUUGCUUCUUAAAUCUUUUAGAGAUCAUAAUCAAGAGAUCUCUGCACCAGAGGAACUAUCAGAAUGUUGUAAUUCUACUAAGGAGGAAGCCGUUAGGCAGGGUUUCUCAACCAGGGUUCCUUGAACAAUAAGCAGCUUUUGCAUCUCAGAUAAGUCCCUCUAAGUUGAUCCUUUUUAGUUACAGUGGAACCUCGGAUUGCGAGUAACGCGGUUAACGAGCGUUUCGCAAUACGAGCACUGUAUUUUGAAAAAU